AUGUCGCGUCGCACCUCGCGCCGCGUCGCGGCAAUGGAGGUCGAGGUCGAACCGCCAGCCCGUCCAAAGCGGGGCGUUCCCGAACCACCACCAAAAGCUAAAGAAGAAAUGAGCGACGAUCAAGUCGCUGAGCUAUGGUCCCAAUUCGCUGGCGACCACUACGAAAUCGUCGAGCAACUUCCUCUAGAGCUGCACCGCAACUCGCGACUACUCCGAGAAUUAGACUCUGAGAGUUUAUCCCAGCAGACCAGAUUGCAGGCACGUGUACGCGAGUAUGUCACGUAUCGGAUCAAGGUGGCACAACGCGAGGAGAAGGAGGAGGAGGAAGACAUCAAACCCCGCGUAACGGAGGCCCCGGAGCUCGUGCCGCAUCACGGAGAUGAGGCCCUCGAUGUCCUGAUGGACCAUGGCGCCGACACGGCUAGACCAGCAGGUGUAGCGCCGUCCACUCCAACCAGGCCUCAGCCCGAGGAAACAGACGAACACGCCGAGGCCGCUGUCGAGGCUGCAUUAGAGGACCUGCAGACUCCACGACCCGUGCCUGCGUACCCGAAACGCGUGAACCUGGGCGAAAUCUCGUCUCUCAUCUCGGAACUCGUGCGCAACCGCGAAGAGAAAGUCGCAAUCGCCGUCGGGGCAUACAACACUAUCGACCGGCACAUCCGCGCCCUCGACUCGGCGCUCAGCGCACACGAGACGAGCGUGUUAGGUUUCGCACCUAGCGUUGAGCCACAGCCUGAACCCGAACCCGAACCCGAACCCGAACCCGGCCCCAAGAAGAAGGGCCGGAAGCGGAGCGUCUCGGCUUCACUUCCGCCUGGCCUCCCACCCGGUAUUGAAGUUGAUCCCAACGAACCCCGGUACUGCUACUGCAACCAGGUGUCUUAUGGCGAGAUGGUCGGCUGCGAUGUACGUUUCUGA